AUGGCAACGGAAAAUCUCAUUAUUAUAUCGUUUUUUUGCCUAUCUAUCUAUCUAUCUAUCUAUCUAUCUAUCUAUCUAUCUAUCUAUCUAUCUAUCUAUCUAUCUAUCUCGGUGUGUUCGUAUCUAUCUAUCUAUCUCGGUGUGUUCCUAUCUAUCUAUCUAUCUAUCUAUCUAUCUCGGUGUGUUCGUACCUAUCUAUCUAUCUAUCUAUCUAUCUAUCUAUCUAUCUAUCUAUCUAUCUAUCUAUCUAUGUUGGUGUGUUUCUAUCUAUCUAUCUAUCUAUCUGUCUAUCUCGGUGUGUUUCUAUCUAUCUAUCUAUCUAUCUAUCUAUCUAUCUAUCUCGGUGUGUUCCUAUCUAUCUAUCUAUCUAUCUAUCUAUCUAUCUAUCUAUCUAUCUAUCUAUCUAUCUAUCUAUCUGUCUACAAGCCAAUCUUCGAUUUUAAAUCAAAUCAAUCAAUUAAAAAUGAUUAUCGAAUAUUGAUCGGAACAAAGAUUAAGGUCAACGUCUCCCAUUCUUCCAAUAUUGAUAUUUUUCACAAGAUCAUUGUCGAUGGAAAAAUUAACGAGGACCGAAUUCUCGAUAUUGACGCAAUGGCAAAAGAUUUGCUUAUCUAUUUUUUUCCGUAA